UAUCGAGAACAUACCGAGAAACGAAGGGUACGGGCUCACUAAGGAUCCGCUCGAACGCUCGGAACCACAAACCCACCGUGGGAAUGACGGAGCAACAUGCAAGGCGAUGGUGAUCAAGUAGACGCAGUCUUCGAAGAUCAUGCAGCUAUACAAGCGAAAUCAUUGUCAAGGACGCAGGCUGGUGAAACAAGCGAAAUUUCGCAGGAACUUGAUUCGCCUACGCAAUCCGACAGCGAGCGGUUGCAACGGAAUCCCUAUGAAGGAGGGCCUCUGAGGAGUUCUUUCAUCACUUCCUCAUCGGGAAAUCCAGAGCAUAUUAACAAUGUUGCGGGGGUAGACAAUCGGGAUGUGCAUGAACACAGUGUCGAGUCAAAUGAACAUGGUGCUGCACCAGAACCUUUCUCCGACGCCGUCGAGUCUCCGUCCAGCCCAGCUUCUCAAGUAACGCAGCCAUCCUAUGAGGACAGCAACGCUCUUUCAGCAGAUCACGCGGCUGCAAUGGCGGCUGUCCACCCGUCAAGCAUAUUGGGGGCCCUACAGCGAGUGCGGGCGCACACAGUUCACGGGAGGGAAACGCAAGCGGCGCCUCUGGAGCACCGGAUGACGGUGCACUUUCUUCGCGGCAGGCGACAGAGGACGACGCUCGGGACGCCACUGCGAACGCGUAUUGCAGGCCCGAGUUUGGAACGCUUCGUCGGCGCACAUGCACGAAGGACGACGCUCGGCCAGCGAAACGAAGCAAGCGUACGAGUGCGCGUGCUUCCAGACCUCGAAGUCUUGGAAGAAGGGCCCUGCCGCCUCACGCUAAUGCUUGCCAAUGACGAAGCCGGAGCGGCGGAAGGAACACAUCAUCUUGCCGAAUGGGAAACGUUCACAAGGGCACUGCUGACUGUUCACGUUUGUAUUCACUGCUUGACCCUGAGCAUCUCGGCAGACUCCCGGUCACCCAGACACUUCUACCGGGGCUUCAGUUUGCGAGACGGAACCGCAGUGAUUGACGUUGAAGUCUCUGCAUUUCGUGACCCGUGGAUAGACUUUGUAUUGCCGUAUUUGCGUAGUCUAUCUCGACUAAGAAUGGUUGAACAGGCUGACAUAGGCUUUCAAGACGUCGCUCUCCUAAAUCGUGACGUCCGAGGACAGGAGAUGUUCUGUGAAUUGCUCCAGAUGGAUGCUCGUCUCGAAUUGGACGUUAACAGAAACCUCGCACGAAUAUUGGAUGCUACCAGGGACAUGCCCUUUCUGCGCCAGCUCGUAAUAUACCUCGACAACGCUGGCACUGAACCAUGGGAGCCUCGACAAAUCUCGCUGAACCUGACGCAACACUUCUGCACUGACGUUCGGAGACUGAGGUACGAGGUCGACGCAACCUACGCCCACUUCCUGCGCUGCCAGUGCGCCAACCACCGCGGCGUAAGCACAACCACCGGUGUUGAGACAAGCAUGAUACCGACACUCUGCGCCCGUCGCGAGCUGACAGGUUGCACAGGUGACUUGGUGCCGUACAUAGUUAGUGUUACGCACCCUGCAAUGCUUGGUACUUAUGUUAUUCAUGUGCUUUGCAUAGUUUGCAGGCCUGUCGAAGAAUAGCGUCAGUAGACUUGCGAAUCAUAAGAGGGUUUAGAUGAACUGCAAAAGAUUUUGGAAUGUUAACGGCAAUUUCUGACAAGCGCAAAGGACGCCAUUAUCGUCGUUGUAUGGCACUGACAGCCGAUCUAAGAAUGUGCCUGAGAGCAGACACGUCAACAAGUUAUGUCUGUUCCAAGUAAGAUUUUUUUCUACAUUGACAAACUGGCGUUUCUUUUGCGUUAGAGGCAUGCGAAAAUGUAGGGACUCUAUCCACCUUUCGAAAUACAUUUUUACUUGUGACAGGGCUAACAUUGCUAUCGAAAUAAGUCAUUUGGUGAGGCUAACGUAACAGAGAGUAAUCAUUGGAUGCCGGAUGAAAACACUUGUAAAUGUAUGCCGUCGGGUUAUUUUUAAUUGUGUCAGUAGAUGCGUUUAUGCAGUGACGGCUUGUUUAAAGCGAAACUACGUCUAGGAAUGUCAGAAUGUUUUGAAAUGCUUCAAGAGCCGAUAUACAAGCUAUUAAACCUAAUCACAGUAGCGUCUUUGGAGUAGUAAUUGAAGUCCUUUCAUGAGAAGAGUACUGAACGCCUCAUUAUAGACAGUGAAAAAGUAGACGCAUUUUAAUACUCGUAUGGCUGCGAUUUCCACCUCAUUGAGCCCGCAAUUUAAUCGUAUAGUGGAGAGACUACGCUGUAACGAAGGGUGGCUGGUGUUGCCGUAUUACAGAGAAAAUGGGCGACAUACACGCAGGACAAUGGACACUAUGAAAAACAUAACUCGUAAUGGUAUGAGUCUAAAAUAUCUCCAGUAUGCUAAAUUGACGUAGCAAUGAUGUUCAUCGGGACUGAAGCUUAAACAAAGGAGCUACAAGGACUUUUUGUAAGUCAUUGAGCGCUCCAUGGAGUUCGCAUUUAUGCAUAGAUUUGAACAGUCCUUUGAACAGUCCAAAAAUGUUCAAAUGUUAACGUCUGUUCGUAACCGAGAAGGCAGGUGUCGCAGAGCAGGAGCAGCUGGUUGCCCGAACAGCUCACACUCGUGCUAAGUAAGCACUGGCCAUCCGGCUGGCCCACUAGUUGCAUUGCAGGCAUGAUACAGACGAUCUGGCUGGCCUUG